AUGGCUGACCAUUCGGGCAACGCGCUGAAGCGGCCUCACCCUCAGGAUGACGACAGCAACUCCCAGAAAAGGACGCGGUCAAACAAUGGGUCCCCAUUGCCGGGUCAAGGACCUUUGACCUCCGGGAAAGUCGAUAUCGAGAAGAUGGUCGCAGAGGCGAGGGCAAAAGCUGAAGCGGUACGCGCUCGCCUACAAGCCGCUCGAGGCGGCGUGUCACCUACCGUGCCCCCGACAGAAUCAAGUCCCAGCCCAGGACCCCCGUCUGCGAGUUCUGCAAUGUCUAGAUUGGAACAAAUGAAGGCUAGGGUGGCAGCGGCUACAGGAAGGGCUGGCGCAGCGGCAUCUCAGCAACGUACAAAUGCCCCGGCACCCUCCUACCAACCCCCGACGCUCGACGACGAAGGCCUCUCAAAGGCUCGCGGUGGUCUAGAUGUCGGUCUUCAUCCAGCUCUCCUUUCUGAUACCACGCCAAAUUUCCGUGGCUUCAAGGGACGACAGCAAUCCAAGGCAGGGAACCGACGCAUGGAUCCCAACAAACAGCUCGACCUGUCCGGUCCGUCGAUUGAGGAAAUCAAGAAUCAACCCUAUUUCGAUCCAAGUCUAGGGCCGAAGGCAACGGUGGCGAAGCCCCGCCAUUCCCGGCAACUCAUUUUCAACGAAAAGGGUAAAUACAUUCAGCAGGCGGCUGCUCUGCGCCGGCAGGCGCAAUUGGAAGCUAUGAAAAAGCGGAUUGCGGAGAGAGCACGACAGGCCGGUAUUGACGAAGAUAUGGAUGUGGAGAAGGCAUACCUGGUACCUACUCCACCAGCUUUGGAAUGGUGGGAUGAAGGCUUGGUCAAUGGUGGCGACUAUACUGCGAUUGAUGACCCUGCAAACCUCAAGGUGGACACCCCCGACACCAUCAUUACCCGCUAUAUUCAACACCCUAUUCUCCUGGAGGCGCCGCAAGAGAAGCACCUGCCUACCCAAAAGCCGAUGUAUCUCACGCCAAAAGAGCAAGCGAAGAUUCGUCGACAGCGCCGCAUGGCAGAUCUGAAGGAACAGCAAGCAAAGAUUAGGUUGGGUCUGGAGCCAGCACCGCCUCCCAAGGUCAAGAAGUCCAAUCUCAUGCGGGUCCUGGGUGAGCAAGCGGUCAAGGAUCCAACGGCCGUGGAGGCCCGUGUGAACAGAGAGAUCGCAGAUCGCAAGGAGGCGCACGAGAUGAUGAAUGAGGAACGCAAGUUGACCAAGGAUCAACGACGUGAGAAGCUAGCGGGCAAACAGGAGAAAGAUGCCGAAUUGGGUAUUUUCGUGUCCGUCUAUCGAAUUGACAGCUUGGCGAGCGGCCGAAACCGCUUUAAGAUCAACAGAAACGCCGAGCAGAAUGCUCUGACUGGAAUUUGUGUCAUGCAUCCGAAGCUCAAUCUGGUUAUUGUGGAGGGUGGCAAGCACUCUAUCAACAAUUACCGGAAGCUGAUGCUCAACCGAAUUGAUUGGGCCGAUAACCCCGGCCCAGCCACAUCAGAAGCAAAGGAUGAAGGUCAGCCUCUGUGGUUGUCCACGGAAGAUGACAAUGGCGAACCGCGUGAUUUCGGCUACAACACUUGCACCCUCUUGUGGGAAGGCCAAGCAAAGAGCCGUGUAUUCAGGAAAUGGCUGGGCGCCAGAAUCUGCGAGACAGAUUCAGCCGCCAAAGACGUUCUGACCCGUUCGAAGAUGGAGAAUUUCUGGACUCUGGCAAAGAGCGCCAAGCCAGCUGAAUUUUAA